AUGGAGAUGAAAGUUUUAUAGAAGAGCGUUUCCGCAAUGUUAAAAUUUGAAUCUCAUCAGCAUUUCAAUUGUGACUUUCAAUCUUUGCUUUGACAAGAAUUCGUGAAAUGGAGACUCCAGCCAGUAUCGAGAAGCUCGGCCAUGAGCAAGAUGUCCAGUAUGCUUCUUCAUCUACGGGAGAAGUAAUGCAGUCGCAGAAGAACACUUGGGGAUACUGGAAGCACUACUUCACAAGUCGCGAAGGCUGGAUUGGUGACUAUGAUUACUUGUACCUCAUUACUCCCAAUAUAUGGCCCCUGAACCGCAGAUACAAAGACUAUGAAGCUCCAUUCUAUGGGCUCAAUGACGAAAUUCCAAUUCUCUUGACUCUCCUGUUGGGACUGCAACAUGCACUCACCAUGAUCGGAUCCAUUGUUUCGCCGCCUUUGGCCAUUGCUGGUGGGGCAUUCUACUUCGACCAAGAAAUUACUCAGUACCUCGUCUCAGCAGCAUUCAUUACCACUGGUAUUGCGACCGCCUUGCAGGUCACCAGAGUUCAUAUUGCGAAAACGCCGUUCUUCAUCGGAACAGGCCUGCUCUCUGUGGUUGGACCUACUUUCGAUAUCCUCCCAAUCGCUUUCAACUAUACAGCUAUGCGAUACAAGAACGGAACGUGCCCAACUGCUGCCGAUGGUACACAAUUGCCAUGUCCUGAUGCUUGGGGAGCUAUUCUUGGGACGAUGCUCUGCACCGUUUGGAUCCAAAUCGCCAUGUCGAUGGUUCCACCCAAGAAGCUCAAUAAGAUCUUUCCAAAGAUUGUAACUGGAAGUCUGCUGCUCCUCGUCGGCGUGUAUCUCAUUAGUAAUGGCAUGCAAAACUGGGGCGGUUCGAGUAAUUGCAAUGGAGGAACAGGAUUUUAUGCACUGUGCCCAAACACCGCUGCACCAAAACCACUGCCAUGGGGAGAUCCAAAGCUCAUCGGUCUUGGCUUCAGCGUCUUCGUUACUGUCAUCGUUGUCGAGCAAUUCGGUUCGCCACUCAUGAAGUCUGCCUCAAUCAUAUUCGGUCUCGCAGUUGGAUGUGCGAUUUCGGGAGCGACGGGGUAUUGGUCCAGAGAUAACAUCGAUGCAGCACCCGCAGUGACAUUCCUCUGGGUCCACACUUUCAAACUCUCUGUUGACGGUGCCCUCGUCCUCCCCCUAUUGAUCAUGUUCAUCUGCGAAGCCGUCUCCUGUAUGCCUGACAUCCUAGCGACCGCGGAAAUUUCCAAUGUAGAUAUCGAAGGGACGCAAUUCAACAGUCGUAUCCAAGGCGGUAUCCUCUGCGAUGGACUUGGUAGCUUGAUCAGCGCUUUCGGAACAGGUCUGCCGAUGGUUUCACAAGCAGGAAAUAACGGCGUCAUCUCCCUAACAGGAUGUGCAAGUCGAAGAGCAGGAUGGUGUGCGUCAGGAUUCUUGAUCCUAAUGGGUAUAUUCGGAAAAUUCGGAGCAGUCUUCGGGAGCAUGCCACCAUCGGUACUUGGAGGGAUGCAAGUUUUCUUGUAUAGUACCAUCGCGGUCGCAGGUGUUCGUGUGUUGGGACUGAUCGAAUGGACUCGUCGUAAUCGAUUCAUCCUGACCGCAUCGCUGGGAAUUGGCUUCAUCGAUAUCGUCCAGCCGAGUUGGUUCGACCAAGUUCUCGAUUACAGCGGAGCGAAUGUCCAUCUGCAAGGCUUUGAACAAGGUGUCAAUCUCAUCGUUGAGACUCCCUUCAUCGUCGCGGCUGUGAUCGGCGUAUUCUUGAACUUGGUUCUGCCAAAGGACAGUAGCAAGAUGGAUAGAAUUGUGAGGGAUGCUGGUGGCAGACCAGUCCUGGAAGGUCGAAAAGAAGAGGAGUAGAGAGGAAUGAAAAGUAUAGACGUUUGUGUAUAGAAUCUAAAUCUGCGAAUGUCCCAGGAUUAGGCGGACAAUCAUAACUCCAAAAAGUCGAAAUGAAAAUAUCUCAAGCCCC